UACUCUGUGAGCUGUGAUUGGUCACAGCUUGUCACAUGGUACAAGGCUGUUGUGAAUAGCCUUGUACCAUGUGACCUCUGUGAUCAUUCACAGAUUUCACAUGUAGUAAGCAAUGAUGUCAGAAGUGACAUCUUGCUUACUACUCUGCAUGUGAUCACUGAUUGGCAAAUCAGUGAUCACAUGAUCAGGACCUCACACAGAGGUCCCAUACAGCGAUCGGUGUUCCGCUGUGUCUUCCGGACACAGUGGGCACCGGAUCGCGGUGCCGCGCGCUCCCAGGGAGCGCGCACAGGCAGGGAAGCGGGAAGACCUGCUUCUGCACUGCUCCUGUCCAGCUGUUUAUGUACGUGGGCUGGACGGGAAGUGUUU